UUCUCAAACCCUAUUAACAAAAGCCAAGGAAGUCCGAGAGCGGAAGUUACAUCAAAUGUUGUCAUGAUGCAGUUUCACAUGUAAAUCAGUGAGGACCAAAUUUCUAAUAUAAAGUUUGGGGUUUUGAAGGGUGACAUACUUCCAGGACCAAAAGCAAUGAGUACCCAGUACAGCAUUCUGUUCAAGCAAGAACAUGCUCAUGACGAUGCCAUCUGGACAGCAGCAUGGGGCAAAAGCGAAGCAGACGGCUCGGAAACUAUCAUCACCGGUUCACUAGAUGAUUUGGUCAAAGUCUGGAAAUGGUCAGACGAGAAGCUGGAGCUGCAGUGGACCCUGGAGGGCCACCAGCUGGGCGUGGUCUCUGUGGACAUCAGUCACCACGGAGCCAUCGCUGCCUCCAGCUCCCUGGACGCACAUAUCCGCCUGUGGGACCUGGAGUCGGGGAAACAGAUCAAGUCCAUGGAUGCCGGACCAGUCGAUGCGUGGACAGUCGCCUUCUCUCCAGACUCUAAGUACAUCGCCACAGGCAGCCAUCUUGGAAAAGUGAACAUCUUUGGUGUGGAAAGCGGCAAGAAGGAAUAUUCCCUGGACACCAGAGGAAAAUUCAUCCUCAGUAUAGCUUACAGCCCCGACGGAAAGUAUUUAGCCAGCGGCGCGAUCGAUGGGAUCAUCAACUUCUUCGACAUCGCCACCGGGAAGCUACUCCACACACUUGAAGGUCACGCCAUGCCCAUCAGAUCCCUCACCUUCUCCCCGGACUCCCAGCUGCUGGUCACAGCCUCCGAUGACGGAUAUAUCAAAAUAUACGACGUACAACAUGCCAACCUUGCCGGCACGCUGAGCGGCCAUGGGUCCUGGGUUCUUAAUGUGGCGUUCUCUCCGGAUCACACCCACUUUGUCUCCAGCUCGUCUGACAAGAGCGUGAAAGUUUGGGACGCCAGCACCAGAGCUUGUAUCAACACUUUCUUUGACCAUCAAGACCAGGUGUGGUGCGUGAAGUACAACAGCAAAGGCUCAAAGAUCGUCUCGGCCGGCGACGACCGCGCCAUCCACAUCUACGACUGCCCGUUGUGAUAAAGAGCAGUAGCAGGAGGAGGAAAAAGUUUCCAUUGAUACUUAGAGGGCGGAUUUGGGGUAGUAAAUGUGUUGAUGUUUAUGCACUGGCUAAAUUAGGCCAAAUAAUAAAAGACUCGUUUUUGGU